AGUUGUAUCCUCCUGUUUCAGGGGGAUGAAUAGCGUGCAUCGGGAACCAGACUCAGACGCCAUCAAAAUGUUCGUGGGCCAGAUCCCCCGCUCCAUGGACGAGAACGAUCUCCGUAAGAUGUUCGAGGAGUACGGAGAGGUCUACCAGAUAAACGUCCUACGAGACAAGGUCACAGGCCAGAGCAAAGGAUGCUGUUUUGUGACCUUCUAUGCCCGCAAAUCUGCACUCGAGGCCCAAAAUGCAAUGCACAACAUAAAAACAUUGUCUGGCAUGCACCACCCUAUUCAGAUGAAGCCCGCUGACACAGAGAAUAGGAAUGAACGUAAACUGUUUAUUGGUAUGCUAAGUAAGAGAUACAACGAACAAGAUGUGCGUGUAAUGUUCUCAAACCAUGGAACCAUCGAAGAAUGUACAGUUCUCAGAGAUGCCAGUGGGCAGAGCAAAGGUUGUGCUUUCGUGACUUUUUCUUCUCGCCAGUGUGCCAUCAAUGCCAUUAAAAAGAUGCAUCACUCCCAAACAAUGGAGGGUUGUUCUUCUCCGCUCGUAGUGAAAUUCGCCGACACUCAAAAGGAAAAGGAUGCAAAACGUCUCCAUCAAGUGACUCAAAACCUAUGGAACGUUGCCUCGGCAAAUAACCUUGCAGCACUUGGCCCUCAAUACCUCGCUAGAGAGAGAGAGCGCGGAAGAGAGAGCGUUUCCUCUGCUAACAACCUGGUCGCACUUGGGCCUCAGUAUCUGGCUGCGUACUUACAGUUGCUCCAGCAGCAGGUGGGCAGCUCAGCUGGUUCAGGUGCAACAGCUGGCAGUCUAGCAAACCAGCUAGGUAGUCUUCAACAACUGCCUUCCCUUAAUAAUGUUAGUGUACAGCAACUCUUGGCAGCCUCACAGGGAAACUUGGCAACUCAACAGAUGUUUGACUCAGCAGGCUCUCAUUCCUUAGGUCUGAGUGGUUUGGGGUCUCUAGGCAGCCUCAAUCUGCCUACUUCAACUAAUGGUUCCCAGGAUACAAAUCUUCAGGGAUUAUUAGCUUCCAUGAGCUCACAAAACACAGGGUUGGGUAUGAACGUGCAGAACCUAGCAUCACUGGCGGCCAUGACAGGUGGCAGUACGACGGGACUUCAAGCUCUCACCCAGCCAGGUAUCACAUUCCCUACUUCUCCCAGCUCUCCCUUCACCCUCACCGACCCAGUGCUGACUGGGCUCACAUCAUCUUUAAGUGGUUUCCCCAACAAUGUUACUGCCACUGCCGGGUUAGGAGCUGCAUCAUCAUCUAAUCCUGCAGGCAAACAAGUCGAGGGGCCUGAUGGUGCAAACCUCUUUAUCUACCACCUUCCACAGGAGUUUUCAGACCAAGAACUUGCCCAAGCAUUCUGGCCAUUUGGCAAAGUCAUCUCUGCAAAGGUUUUCAUUGACAAGCAAACCAACCUUUCUAAAUGCUUUGGAUUUGUCUCGUAUGACAAUGCUUUGGAUGCACAACGUGCAAUUCAGCACAUGAAUGGUCAACAGAUUGGUAACAAGCGCUUGAAGGUGCAGCUGAAGCGUUCCAAAACUGACUGCAAGCCAUACUAACAGCUGCCAUGUUGUGCUGUUCUGCCCCGUGCCCCGUAUUGCCUGCCGUCCGUAUAACAGUGUCUACGUCCUUCUCCCAUCUUCGUAGCACGUCUCAUACGUACGUAUGUAUACGUAUGUGUAUGCCAUGUGGUUGUAUACACUGUGCAGCUGCUGUCAAGUCACUCAUGCUAACAGAUUACUAACCAGUCAUCAAACCUGUCAGCAUACAUAAACAUGAUAGGCAUCAAUUAAACCUUGAGCAGUGCUUGUCAUCAACACAGUUUUGAUAUAAUGACAAGUAACUUCACCAAAAGGCUAUCGUUGCUAUUCUCUGUACAAACCAAAAAUGUUUAAUGAUAUAUACAUACUACAUUUUUAAUAGUUGUUUACUUAAGGAAUAAAUGCUGUAUACUGUCUUUUUAUCAAUUUUCUAAACCAAUGAUAACAGAAAGAGAUGGUUCAAGGUCGCUUCUAAUAAAUGACUAACUACUCAUUUUUAUUGGUGAGUGAACUCAUAAGAUGCGACGGUAGCUACUUGCAAAAAAUUUUCUUGCAGAAAUUUAAAAUUAAAACAGAGUUAGUUGUUUUUUAAUUCACAUUUAGUUCCAUAUAUGACAGAAUUAAGAUUUUCUAUGGAAUGGACAUUGGUUCCAUAUAUUUUAGUAGGAAUUAUACAUGGCAGCUUUACAACUUCAGACAUUAACUUGAACAUAGAUGAUAUCCUUAUGUACUUAUUAUGUGCCAUGGCUUCUUGAAACAUGUAAACACUAAAUAUUGUGUUUUAGAUAUAUAUUUCAUGGAAUACAUGUUUUGUAAAUGUGCUAAUAAAUCUGGAUGCAUGCUUAUAAUAUUCAAAUAUUGUCUUGUACUUCAAUGUACUGCACAAAGUGAUUAUUAAUUUUAUCAGUACAAAAGUGAUAACUUUUGUAUAUUGAUUGUACUCCAAGGUCAUAUUUUUAUAGCAGUCUUUGCAUUGCUAAUUUAGGACAUUGAUCAAUGUUUGUCUUCAAGAAUUUUUAGAUAUAGGAUGACAAAUCUUCCAGUCAUUUCAGCUCUCGUAAACACCUAAGAACACUAAGAGGAGGUGCUUCAAAUAUUACUUCAGAUAGUUAAUAGUUACCCAGAGCGAACAUAAGGGUGAAAAAGAAAUUACCCUGCUCUCACUGGCUACCUAUUAUUAAACACAACCUCUGUUAUAGUAUUUAAAGCAUUCAACAACUACGCUUAGAGUAGGACCUGAUAUAAUUACCGAUAGGUUCAUCUCUUUAGCAUAGCUGUGAUAUUAAGCGACUGUGCUUACACAUUUAUUAAUUAGUUAACAAAGUGCCAUAGACUGGCAAUAGUGAAUGUAGGCCAUUAUAUCUCUUCAUUUUCAAGGGAGGCACAUUUUUGAAGCAUUGCUAAUGGAUUCUUUUAGUGUUCUUACUCAUUGAAUUCGGUUUGAGAGUUUUUAAGGAUACCUCCAUGUGUCAGGGGCCAGGACGGAGAGUAGCCAAGAAGAGGCAGUGUUGGGCAAAGAUGAUAACUAGUCUAACAUUGGGAGUUUCCAUUAAGAGGGCAUCCCCCCCUUCAACUUUGAUGCUUCAUUCAUAAUUUUUUUUUUUUUAUACACGCAGUACAUAUUUCAAAGAAUGCAGUGGAAGUUUGCCACAAAAAGUGGGUUGGUUCUCUGCUCACAUUUCUCAUAUUAGAUGAAUGAUGAAUAAUGUUCAGCCAACGUCUUAUUCACUUAAAUGAGUGAUUAAUAAAGCUUAAAUAAGUAACUAUUAUCUUUUUAUAAAAUGCUAUAUUCCACAGGUGGGAAUAUUGGCUAAAAUGAUUUUUUAUUUAAUUUUUUCUUUUCAUUAUAAUAUUUUCAUGUAAUUUCUUUCUGUAUUUUAUUUUAUUUAUUUUUUAGUUUUUCUAUUUUUGGUCAGGCAGAUUAGAAGGUGAGACUUGUUACUAUGAAAAACACAAGGUAGCAGGUCAUUGUGAUUUCAGAUAGACAAGUGUGUCUGUCUGGCUCAUAGCCCUAGGCUAACCAAAGACUAUGAAAAUGUGUUUGUCUAUGUUUGUUGUACCCAAGCCACGGUAUUGAAGGGUGUACAACCCAUUAACCCUUGUCACUGCUACGUCUGUUUGCCGAAAAUGGAGUCUAUACAUGUUAUUUAUUAAAACUGGUAUGUUGAUGUUAUUCAGUGUCUCCUCUGUUCCUUUUCCAGUUUUAUUGACUGAAGUGGGGUGUUCCAUUUGAAUGUAAGGCAGACAAUUCACUCGCCAAAAGGUCAAUGCCAUCUCUGUGCCUUUAUUUUACAUUGCUUACAUUUGUGCUUAUAUUGCAGCUAUGAGGAAGCCAGUCCUAAGUUCCAUUAAAUGGUCCGAGAGACGUUAGAAGAUACCCUGUUACAAUAUAGGAGAGCUUUCAUGUGUAGGUGGAUGUGCUAUUUAAUGUAGUUGUGUUAAAAGAUAUAUAUAUAGAGGUAGGUAUAGAGGGAAGUUAUUGAUUUAUUUGAUUCUGUGUUUUUGAUUAGUGUUGUAUUCAGCAGUAAAUAUGGUAAAUAUAUAUUCAGUGUAUCUAAUGUGUUCUGUUGGGUUUGUUUCGAAGAAUCAUUAUGUAUGCAUGUAGUCUUUAGUUGUUUGGUUUUCUUUGAUUUCACAGGUUAUGUCAUCAAAUCAUUUCCUCGAUGUAACCUUUUACCUCUGUAGGCUCUAGCCUUUUUGUUUUAUGUUAUACUGGUGUGUGAUUCACCAUUGAUUCUGCAAGAUGAUGGGUUUAUUUGGAGUUCACUGAAGACAUCUUACCUUGACAACCAAGCACCACUUUAUUUUAUCAUCAGAGUUUUUGGUGAAUUUGUAUCCCAAGUGUAAGGUUAGGUGUCUUAGUUUUUUCUGUGUACACCUAUAAGAAGAUGGUCCCAUUUCUUUUGUGUGUUGUAUUCUUCUGCUUUUGUUAACUUACCAUAUUGUAAAAAAAAGUUACUGAGUAAGGGGAAGUGAUUUACAAAUACUGGUCUGUAUUUGUAAAGUUAUUAAUAUGAAUUGUAAUUUUAAUAGUUUCAUUCAUUGGAAAGUAUUAUAAAAUAAUAAUGUGUCCUAUACUGUAAUAUAAAAAUUGAGUAACCCCUAAAGAAACCAUUUUAAGUUUGAGUAUAUUUCUUCUGUAAGGAGUUAUACAGUAUUUGGUAUCAAAUUAAUGCACUGGGGACAAUUUAUCAAUAGUAAUAGUAAACAAAACUGUUUUUUGUACAUGGUCUCAUAAGGCACAGUGUUUGUAAUUCUUCCCCAUCUCAUUAGAGUGACAGUUUUCACUCCUCACUUCUUGCAGCGGUUAUCGUUAAGCUACCUGUACUCAGGAAAGACUCUCAUUAGGGAGUUGUUGUCCUGUCCCUAUUAGCCAGAGGACUAACAUUCAGAAGAAAUAUGUGAUUUUGAGUCAUUGCCACACCAAUAUGUGUAAUUAUUGUUCACGUCAUAUAAGGUAUUUUCCAUUGAUUGUGGAAAUUUAUAUUUAUGUCAAUGGAAACCCUGUUCACAACCUAUAACUUCAUGCUGGAUGCCAAAAGCAUGGCCCCCCAUUUCAGGCUCUGAAAUGUACUGUGAUUUAAGACCACUGAAUGUGCAUAUGUGUAAAUGUUUUGCUUUGUAUGGGUCUGUUAGGAAUGACAAAUUUUCACCCAAAAAAUUUAAAAAAAUUGAAAGAGUUGAAGCUCCUGUCUUUAAUAGCCAUAAAAUAAAAAGCAUUUUAAUACACAACAUUAAAUACAAGCUAAUAAAACAGGCGACAUGUUAACAGUCACUCAUGCGUUAUCAUUACUAAAGAUAUCGGUCAUGUGGUUAUCCGUUUCCUAUUUACUUUGUCUUACUCCUCAUGUUGUGAAUUGGUUGUGUAGGGCUUUGAAAUGUAUGUUCAGUGCCUGUUUGGGGAGAUAAUAGAAGUGUAUUGUCUGCUUGCACAUUAUGAGUGUACUUUAAGAGAAGUGUUUUACAGUAAUGCCUGUCAAAAAGAGGAAAAUGUGUUAUCCCUUAUGUGUUUAUUUAAGAGCUAGUAAGUCGAGGCCUAAUAUUAAAUCAUAUUCUUGUGUGUAGAAAAUAGAAGAUUUUUUUUAUUUUUAUUUUUUGAAGUUGUAGUAUAAAUAAAAAGGGAUGUCAGAGAUGUAUUAUUAGUUGUAAAGUAGAUUAAUUUUGUAGUAAUUUGCAAAGUACAGUACAAGUUAAACAUUAAAUCAUAUUAAAAUUUAAAUCUAAUUUUAACUUCUUCUGUUUUGACAACACAAGAAAACACCUGUUUAACUUCUUCCUGUUUGGAUGUAUCAUUGUGCAAGGGGACAAUACCUGUCAUGUGAGUAGUUGUAAUUUUCUACUUCCAAGCAGCCAACCCGUAAUUUUGUAAUGAAAUGUACAAGGAUAUAGCAGCAGAAGAAUAAAGUAUUUUCAAAGGAA